GGAGAAGAACAAGGAACACGUGGGAAGCUUUUACACGCCAAAGUGUCCGUAGGGGUUUGGUAGCUCUUCCCACCUUCUCUCUCACAACCAAAAAAACAGAAACAGCAACGAAACUGAUGGCGUUUUCCUCUCUUUCGCUCCUGUUUUCAGCAUUCCUUCUACUCCCUAUCGCCUCAUCAUACUCCGAUCUGUUCGAAUCCUGGUGCGAUGAGUACGCCAAGACCUACUCCUCCGAAGAGGAGAAGCUCCACAGGUUCCGAAUCUUCCAAGACAAUCUCGAUUUCAUCACUCAACACAACAGCUUGGAAAAUUCCACUUAUACCCUCGCCCUCAACGCCUUCGCCGAUCUCACUCACCAGGAGUUCAAGGCCACUCGCCUUGGAUUCUCUGGACUGCCUGCCCGAUCCGCUCCUCGGACAGUGUUAUCACGGCCCCUCGAGGAUGUGCCGGAUACCGUUGAUUGGAGAAAGAAAGGUGCAGUCACGCCCGUGAAAGAUCAAGGGAGUUGUGGGGCCUGUUGGGCUUUCUCAGCCACUGGCGCAAUCGAAGGCAUAAAUAAGAUUGUCACGGGGUCUCUCAUCAGUCUCUCUGAACAAGAACUAGUUGAUUGUGACAAAUCUUACAAUAGCGGCUGUUCGGGUGGACUUAUGGACUAUGCAUUCGAAUGGGUCACAGAAAAUCAUGGGAUUGAUACCGAAGGGGACUACCCAUUUCAAGGUAGGGAUAGCACCUGCCUUAAGGAGAAGAGGAAACGGCAAAUUGUAACCAUUGAUGGUUAUGUUGAUGUACCUGCAAACGAUGAGAGUCAGUUACUCCAGGCAGUUGCAGGCCAACCUGUGAGUGUUGGUUUGUGUGGUAGUGAGAGAGCAUUCCAGUUGUACUCCAAGGGGAUCUUCAAUGGCCCGUGUUCGACUUCUCUGGACCAUGCUUGUUUGCUCGUAGGUUAUGGUUCGGAAAAUGGGGUUGAUUACUGGAUUAUGAAGAACUCGUGGGGAGAAAGUUGGGGAAUGAGUGGUUAUAUUCACAUGCUCCGUAACAGCGGCAAUUCAGAAGGGGUUUGUGGAAUAUACAAACUAGCUUCUUACCCUACUAAAACCAGUCCAAAUCCUCCUCCUUCACCUUCCCCAGGCCCCACCAAAUGCAGCUUUCUCUCCUACUGCCCUGCAGGAGCAACCUGCUGUUGUACUUGGAGAUUUCUUGGAAUAUGCUUAUCAUGGGGCUGCUGUGGACUGGAGUCUGCAGUUUGUUGCUCGGACAAGAAUUACUGUUGCCCGCAGGAUUAUCCAAUCUGUGAUAUCAACACCAAGUAUUGCCUGAAGGGUACUACUGGGAAUGCCACUAGAGUGAAAGGGCUUGAAAGGAGGAAAUCUGUUCAGAAAAUAGGAGCCUGGGACUCGUUGUUUGAAGCCUGGGGUUUAUAAAAUCUGGUAGUUUUGCUGGCAUGCUAUUUUUGCAGUAUAUUUUGUUUCUAGCUUAUAUAUACUUUCUGUUAUAUUAUUCCUAAAUGUUGUAUCUUAUUUUCAAAUUUGUCAUUGCUCCUAUCCAACUUGACUAUAAACAUUUGGGGGGUGAGCGCUGUAGUUUUAGGGAUGUAUUUAUAAGAUAAGAGCUCCACUAGA